CAAAGUGAGACAGAAGUAGGCACACGGAUGUAGCUAUAAACUAAGCUACAGAUUAAAAUGUGAGAAACGGCACCAGCACACAAAGGCACAUUAGAAAAGAUGAGACAUCAGGCAGACACAGAGGUGCAGAUGCCAGACAGACACACAGACAAAGAUCCUGGCAGGCAAAAGGACAGACAGACAGACGGACAGACAGAGAGGUGGACCCUGUAGCAAUCGAGAGCAGCAUCCCUCCUGCUCUCCGAGUGUGGCGUGGAUCAGAAACGAGAGAUUCGGAAUUGGAAGCUGUUGCCACCAAAGAAACUGAAGCAUCUUAACAGGGAACACACCCACAGAGGGAAGAACAGUGGAUGGAAGAGAGAGAGAGACGGAGAGUGUGACAAGGAAGGAGGAUAAGAAGAUACGGGACUGGACAAAAGUGCCAGAGCAUACCAAGUCAAGACAGCGUCCUUAAUCUAAACCACGUCCCCCUUUCCCCCUCCCUGCACAUAACUUUCACAUCCACACCUACACACACUUGCAGACACAAACACACACAUACAGUCCUCAGCGAUGCCAAGGAGGGCUGAUCAGCCUGCUGCCCGCUCUGACAAGCCCUGCCUCUUCACCUCAGACCCUUGAGGCUGUGCUCUCUGAGCUUUGACCAUUGACCUCCCCUGUGUCAACCUGGGAACCAGAGGUCACCUGUUCUCCACUCAACCCGGGGACGCCCUCCUGCCCAGCCAGGACCUGCAGCCACCAGUGGCACUCAAAGGCAUGGCUCCCAUUCGGGAUUCCGUCAGCCACUCCCCUAAUCAAACAGGUCUGGAGCAUCCUGGCUUGGACUCGCAGUAUGAGCCUUCACCCUGGUCUUCUGGCUCUCCCUGCAGCAGUGACGGCAACAGCAACUGGGGCAAAGUCCUAGUAGACGGAAGCACCGACAAACCCAAUAACCCUUCUUCAACCAGCUCGUCCAUCUGGCCUCCCUCCUCCUCCUCUUCAUUUUCUUGCUCCUCCUCUUCUUCCUCUUCUGGCUGCGGGUCAGGAUCAGACCCUGAGUUGGCAUCAGAAUGCAUGGAUGCAGAUUCUAACUCCUCAAUCGGCUCAGAGAAAAACCUCGCCGCUGUUGCUGCGACAACAGUGAUGAUGAUGUCAGCAAAUGCUUCUUCCUCUGUGUCUUCUGCAGCCUCUUCCCCCUCCUCUUCUUUGGUGAGCCCUACAAUGAUGGUCGGCGUUUCUGUGAAUGGAGACAGCAAUGGCAACAGUCGUCAGGUAAUUGGCGGCGGUGCUGGAACCAUCAGCAGUGCAAAUAAUGGAAAUAAUAACAUCACCGGGCCCUCGCACUACUCUGUGGCUGGGUCAAACAGUAUUGGCAGCAAUAACAUGAGUAACCACAACAAGCUUGUCAGCAACAGUGGUGUAUGGGGCGCCCAGUCAGGCAGCAACAUGAUCACCAGUGGUGGAGGCACCCCCUGCAUCAAUGGAGGGUUGAACCCAAACACUUUAAACCCAAAUGCCAACCAUGGUGCCUGGCCACAGAAUCCAUCCCCAAGCCCAGUGUCCCAGGGCCAGCGUCCUCCACAGGCUCAGGGGAUGACUUCCAAACUGGGUAUAGCUCCCCAACAAAGCCCAAUGCUGGGCUGGGGUGGCAUGGCAGCUCCAGACAACAGCAGUAUGAUGGAAGACACGGAGUUGAAUAAUGGUACAUCAAGCGGCAAGGUGUUAGGAAGCAGCAACAGUGGAAAUGGAGGCCUGCAGCCUACCAACCUUAACACUGAAUCCAAUGGACCAAAUAACACUAUCAUGAUGAAUACUACUACUACUACUACUAACGCCACAAUGACCUCUAGUCCACCAAACUCUACCGCCUCACCCCAACUCAGCGGGGAUUGUUCCUGGGGUUCCAUUGGAGGAGGGAAUGGGGGUCCGCUGGCCAAUGGAAACCCCUCAUCAGCCCCCCAGCACCCCCAAGGAGAGCUGGGGGUUACUGGGGCCUUCGGUACGCCUUGGGGCGCAGCUACCUACCCUGUAGACAAGGGCCCCCCAAAUGCAGACACUGUGAACCCCCAAAUCUCCUCUACUGCUGCUUACAAGAGUAAUAAUAACCACAAUAACACUGGGGCCCCACGCUGGGACCAGGGGCCCAACAGUAAUCCAAACCAGCCUCAGAGCAACCUGUCCUGGGGUGUUGGCUCAAAUCAAAUCCCAGGCUCUGCAGCCCAAACACCAGGAAAUGGAAACCAAACUACAAUGGGCCCUCCAGCAGGGAUACCUCGCCCCUGGGGGAGCAGCGCAUCCUCUUCUUCUUCAUCCUCAUCAUCCUCUUCCACGUCUAACAACAAGAUGUCAAAUGGAGAAUGGGGAUCAACAACUCCUGGUAACAACCUCUCAGAUGCUGGAAGUCAUAAAGGAAGCUCUACCAACAAUGGCUGGAAGAGCUUGGAAGAUGACGCCAUGGGCAUGGGAGGAGCAGGGGGAGGAGGUGGAAGCCAUGGCUUAGGAAGUGUCACUGGAAGCUGGGGCCGCUGUGGAGGAAGUGAGGGAAGCGGGGAGAGCUCCGGAGGCCGAUCCAGCUCAGACAGAGACCAGUCAAAAGGGGGAAAUCGCAGAAAGGGUACCCAUUCUGCAACAAUACUAUCAGCUCUGACCCGGGCUGAUGUGGACGCGAGGGUUCUGUCCAACACUGGAUGGGGACAGACGCCCAUACGGCAGGACACUGCCUGGGAUGUCAGUUCUCCUGCUAACAAUCAGCACCAGGCUCCCAGAGGAGACGAAAGAAAGCAUAGUAGCGGAGGCUCUGGCUGGGGCACAGCAACACCGGCAGCUCCCUCCCAGACCUCUGGAGGCUGGGGGGGUGGGCCAGGCAGCUCAGGUCCAGAUACAGGAGGUUCUGGCUGGGGAGAGCAGAGACCAACCUCUGGGUGGGACAGCAAAGCCCAACCAAAUGGAGGAGGUGGGCAGAGUGGCUGGGAUGAUGGAUCCAGCUACAAGGGCAGUAACAACAACAGUAACACCUGGAGCAACAACAUUAACAAAGAUGACAGAUCCAGUACCUGGACUAAUGCACCAAAACCACAGCAGAGCUGGGGCUCCAAUAGUGGCAAUGGAAAUGAAAGCUGGGGUGGCAGUGGAGAUGGUACAAGACAAGGGGCCAGCAACCACUGGGGAGAGCCCCAAAAAGGUGCAGGCUCUGUGGGCUGGGACAGCGACAGCGACCGGUCUGGCUCUGGAUGUUGGAGUGAGCCAAGCCGAACCAACACCAGCAGCAGUAACACCUGGGUGGGGAGUGGAGGAUCAAAUACUCCAGACCAGAACACUCCAAACCCAGGCUCCAACUGGGGAGACUCGGUCCACAAACCCAAUCCUCAUAGUAACAGUCAGGGUUGGGGUGAGCCAAUGAAGAACAACCAUGGAGGCCAGAAUUGGGGUGAGCCAAAUCCUAAGCCCUCCAACGAGUGGGGAAAAGGUCCUGAAUCCAACAUGUCCAGAGGCAGUCAAGGCCCUAACAAGCCCACAGGCUGGCUAGGAGGUCCCAUGCCCACAGUAGGUCAGAAGGAGGAAGUGGUGACUGGAUGGGAAGAACCUUCUCCCGAGUCCAUCCGUCGGAGGAUGGAGAUCGAUGAUGGCACUGCGGCUUGGGGAGACCCAGUCAAAUACAGUGGAGGAUCUGUCAACAUGUGGAACAGGAGUGGCCAACCAGACCAGGAGACUAUGGGCCCAUCCUCUCAGCAUCAGUCCCACCCAGCACACAGCUCGAUGCAGCCAAUGCAGCAUAUUAACCAGGAUAAAAGCUGCAGUUCCGGUUGGGGUGAGCCAUACCCUCAACAGAAAGACUCUUCAUCAUGGGGUGAGCCCACCGCUGCUCCGCCUGUGAAAGUAGACAAUGGGACAUCUGCCUGGGGGAAGCCUAUGGACAGUAGCUCCAGUUGGGAUGAACCCAGCAGGGAUGGCCGUGAAUCUGGAUGGGGCGGCCAGCAUAAGUCUGCUCCUGGUCCCAAGCCCAUGGAGACAUGGUGCGGUGAGGAGGUGUCCAUGAGCAAUAGCUGGGAUCAAGAAGAGGAAGUGGAGAUCGGCAUGUGGAGCAACAGCCAACAGGACAACAGGUCCCAUGACCAAAACACCUGGAGCUACAAGCAUAAAGGCUCCAAUAAGAUGAACAAACCAGUCAACAAACAGGACGAACCCUGGAUGAAACCCUUCAUCAACCAGUUCAACAGCAUGAACUUUUCUAGAGACUCUCCUGAUGACUCCAUGAAGACAGGAGCAGGGAUGGUGCAGGACAAGCGCAUGGACAUGGGCAGUAUGGGAGACUUCAAUGGAGUAAUGGGGAAGAACCCAGGGUCUCGACACCAGCUCCACAAGGAGUCUGCCAUGGAUCGCAGUCCUUACUAUGACAAGCUUUCCCCCUCUGCUUAUGAUAAUCCAGCUUCUGAUGAACUGUCCUCCAAUCAAAGCAUGAGCCUUUCCCCUUCCAAUUCUGCUCAGCCUAUUCCCUGUUUCAACUCUGGGCCGUCUCCUUCUCACUCUAGUUCUGGGCCCACUCGGCAGAAUGUAAACCCCAUGUUGGGUGGCAGCAGUGUAGCACAGGGCCGUGGCGGCCCCCAGUCCCAGCCCCCUCCUCAACCCAAUCUUCGUAACCAAGUGCCUCCACCCAUCCUGUCCUCUCAGGUCUCUCCAUCCCUGUUGAAGUACCCGGGAGGUAACGGAGGUCUGAGCCCUCUGCUUGGCCCACAGCAGGUGGCUGUACUCAGCCAACUCUCCCAGCUUAACCAGCUGUCGCAGCUCACUCAGCUCAGCCAGUUACAGCGUCUUAUCCUUCAGCAACAGCAACAGCAACAACAGCAGAAGGCUCAAAGCCAGAGAGCCAUGCCUGUGGGACGUCAGACUGAACAGACACGUCCUAUUGGUUCAUCUCCGAUGAUGCAGCCGCCACGACACCUGGACCCCUCCCUUAUGAAGCAGGCCCCACCCCUCAAACCAUACCUGGACAACUACUUGUCCCACAAUACCCCUGAGAUGCAGAAGGAUGCUGCUGCUCUCGGAUCCUUCAGCAACUUCCCUUUAAGCUUGAACUCUAACCUGAAUGUAUCCCUGGACAUGGGUGUUGGUGGUGGUAGUAGUGGUGGUGGAGCUAUGAGCUACAAAGAGCCACCCCAGUCCAGACUGAAGAAACUUUGGGCUACUGACCCUCUAGAGCAGAACAGCAAAUCUGGUGCUAUGUCGUCUGGGCUGCGUCUGGAGGACUCCCCCUUCUAUGACUUCCUGUCUCCUGGCCCGUCUCCUCUGAGUCCUCCCGGCCAAUCAAUGGGCUCGGUGGGUGAUGGCUGGCCUCCCCGUGCCAACUCCCCCCCACCCCAUGCAAACACUGUCACCUGGCCCCCAGAGUUCCGGCCCGGGGAGCCUUGGAAAGGUUACCCCAACAUUGACCCUGAGACUGACCCUUUUGUGACCCCCGGCAGUGUCAUCAACAACCUCUCCAUCAACACCGUCCGCGACACAGACCACCUCAGGGACAGGAACAACGGGCCAUCCUCAUCACUGAACACCACGAUGCCUUCUAACAGUGCCUGGUCAUCCAUUCGUGCCUCCAGCCACAGCGGUUCCCUCACCAGUACAGCACAAAGCACUUCAGCCAGACCCAGUGAGUCAAAGUGGUCUCCCAGCGGCGGUUCUGUGUCCAACUCCUCCCUAGCCCAUGAGCUUUGGAAGGUCCCCCUGCCACCAAAGGCGGCUCCCUCCAGACCACCACCUGGCCUCACCAGCCAGAAGCCCAGCCCUGCCUCCUCCGGCUGGGAUGGCUCUGCCCUGAGGCUGGGGGGCUGGGGCUCCACUGAGUCCAGAUAUACACCUGGUUCCAGUUGGGGUGACAGCAGCAGCUCAGGGAGAACCCAAUGGCUUGUUCUGAAAAAUCUCACACCUCAGAUUGACGGCUCUACACUGAGGACUCUGUGCAUGCAGCACGGCCCUCUGAUCACAUUCCACCUCAACCUGCCGCAUGGUAACGCUGUGGUGUGCUACAGCUCCAAGGAUGAGGCUGCAAAGGCCCAGAAGAGCCUGCACAUGUGUGUUUUGGGGAACACUACUAUUCUGGCUGAGUUUGCCAGCGAGGAGGAAAUCAACCGUUUCUUUGCACAAGGGCAGUCAUUGGCCACUCCCUCCUCUGGCUGGCAGGCCAUCGGCUCUUCUCAGAGCAGAAUGGAUCAGUCUCACCCCUUUCCCAGCCGCGCUCCUGAAGCUAGCCAGUGGAACAGCAGCGAUCUCCACAGCUCCUCCCUCUGGGGCGGGCCCAACUAUUCCAGUAGCCUGUGGGGGAGCCCCAGUGGCACCGAGGCAGGGAGGAUCAGCAGCCCCUCUCCAAUCAGCUCCUUCCUCCCGGUAGAUCACCUGACGGGCAGCGGGGACUCCAUGUGAACCGCCUGCCAAUCACACAGGCUGGGGGAAGGGUCAGUAGAGAAUUAUCAAUAAUCAGCAGAAGAAAAUGGUAAAAAAAACAAAACAAAAAAAACAAGUAGUUAUAAACGCUAUGGCACUAGUUGGACUCUUUCUCACUUACAAGAUAUUCAACAAUACGGGGUCUCCCCUGUGGAAAACAAGUUACGUUUCUCUCUCUGCACAUAUGUCCACUUUGUUUUAGCCCAAAAACAUAUCAGUCGGAAUACUUGAAUCAUGCAGGCCAAUUCUAUAAUGUGAACGGAUGGAUAUUUGCUUCCAGGUAGUGCUCUUUCAGACCGAAAAAAAGCUUCAAUCGAGCUCAUUAUUAUAUAUAUUUUUUUGUUUCAUUCGUCAUGUUUAUUUGAAUUCCAAUUCUUUUUAUUUUUACCGUUUUCUUUUUGUUUUAUUUUCUUUCUUUUUUUUGCAUUUGUUUGCUGACAAUGUUGGAGUAUGAGCUUUUUUAACUUUGCACUGAAUGUGGUUUUUUCUCAGUAUAUAUAAUCUGCAAUAUAGAGGGAGCAGCCAGUUUUUCCAGUGUAGCUGUUUACUCAUUGAGGUCCUUACCGUAUGUGUGUAUGCGUGUGCAUGCGCACGUGUGUGUGGAAGUACUUUGUGUGUGUGUGUGUGUGUGUGUGUGUGUGUGUGUGUGUGUGUGUGUGUGUGUGUGUGUGUGUGUGUGUGUGUGUGUGAGUUGUGAAUGAGUACGUGUGCGCUCCUCUCUGCCUUGGCACGCCUACCUUACUGCGUUGUCGUGGAGUUCAAGAUCAACAGAUAGUUAAAGAAUAAAACCUGACUUAGGAUGAUUAUCUGGUGAUAGUAAAAGUGACAUUUAAAAGUAUUGCACCAAUUUUGUUUUAAAACUAAAGAACGUUGAGCUCUGCAGUGCAAAGGACUGUAGCCGCAGCUGGGACUAGCAAGCCCCGCUCACCCUAAUAUAGGUGGCGGAGCCUAUCUAGCAAGCCCCCCGUCAGCCCCCUAGUGGGCAGGUGGGGGGAACAGCACUUUCAGAAUAGGCUUUCAAUGUUUUGGAGGUGCCACACUGCAACCUCUUGUUUACAAGACUUAGGAGGCGGAACGUGUGUUCAUUCUUCAUUUUAAAGAGAAGAUGGAAAUAAAACGGAAAAUGCACAAAAAAAUAUAAAAAUGUUAAAAAAAAUGCACUAAAAAAUUUAUAAAAACAAACAGAAAAACAAAAAAUGUAAACUCUUAUUGAGGAUGAAGACGAUGCUUUGUAACUCUGGGAAUUCGGAUCAGUGUUUUUGGCCAUGGCGUUGGUUAUUUGAACUAUUCCUCUUUGUCUGCUAAAUAACCAGCAAUGGUUCUCAGGAAAUCAAGCCAGUUUUCCUCCCCUUGUAGUUGAAUUAAAAAAAAAAAAACUACUACUCCUUGUAGGAAAGGAAAAUCCAAUUUCUAGCACUGAAAACUAUGUAUAGGUCUGUAAGUUGUUUUUUUUCUCUGCCAAAUAACUGCUUUAAGCUGGAGAAGCUCAACACACUGCUUUCAAUAUGCUGUCUUUUGAGGGAGGGGAGGGCCUGAUGUGGGGGGGUGGAGGACAGGCUCCCUCUCUCCUCCUCUUCCUCCACUCCUCCACUCCACUGAUGUAAAAAUCAAACGUGGUUGAGUGUUAUCGUGUGAGUGUGUGUGGAAAAUGUUGUCUCGUCAGACUUAUAAACCAAGAGAAAGGCAAAUCUGUAUCUAUGCAUACUGUAGCCUCUCACAUUCACAUGGCCUACUGAGAGGCGUUUUUCUUUCUUCUUCCCGUGUCUCACAAAAUGUUUUAAAUGUCUCAUUAAGUACAACAAAUAUUACUUGCUUUUUUCUCUUUUUUUUUUUUUAAUCGCUCUCAUUGCCACAAAUGGUGUUUUGACAAAAAAAAAGAAAAAAGGAAAGAACUUUAAAAUCGUGUUUUGGUUGAAGAUUAUAUUUUAACAGUGCAAAAGUCGUCCACAUUUCAUUGCCUUGAUCCUAAUUGUGUCCGAAGAUGCAACAACAAGUCAAGUGGCUUCUACCUGUUUACAAAUAGAAUAUGAUUGUAUUGUUGUACUGUUUUUUUCUUCUUUUUUCUUUUUUUCUCCUUUGGGUCGGGGGGGUACUCAUCUGAAGUUUCUGACAUGUGUGUGUGUGUGUGUGUGUGUGUGUGUGUGUGUGCCGGCGGAUGUGAGUUCUACCGCUGUGGUUGUGUGUGUGAGAACGGCGCGAAUGUAAAUCCACCACUGGUGUGUUUUGUCGAUAAAAAUACAAGCGUGAAUAAUAGUUACCUUAUUCUACCAGUGAUUGUUUAGUUCCUAUGAUGCACAAUUUUUCGGGGAAUAACAAACGCUUCAGAGAGUGCGAGAAGUCAGCAUUAGCGAAGCCAUGGACCUUAAUUUCUUUUCUUCAUCGUGUAAUUAUUCUGCCUGUUGUGAGUGUGUUUGCGCACGUUUUUCCCCCUCCGAUAUAGGGUUUUUAUUUCAGAAGUACUAGAAGCUUUAGUUGUGUUUUUAGCCGUGAUUAUUUAACAACUUCAAAGCAUAUGUAGUGAGACAGAACCUUGAGUAUUAGCCAGACUUGACUGUGGUGUGUGCCAGUAUUGAACUGCUCUCUACCAAAUAAUUCAAUCAUACAAAAGAUUAGUUUACUUAAUUCCAGAUCUCUUUGCUUAAACUAUAUAUAUAUAUCUUAUUUGUUUUUGUCGUGUUGAACAAUUUGUUAUCAAGUGGAACAUCUGAACCGUGUUUUUGUCAUUUAUUUUUGAGUUAACUUAAUUUGACAAAUUGAACUGAGGAGCCUUGGAUUUUGCACUAGCCGUGGAUUCUUGGAGGAAAGGCCGAGCAAGAGAAAGGCAAAGCCGAGACGGUCGGACAGACGGUGGGCAUAGUUUGGAUUUUCGGGUCUGUUUGAGGGAGAAGAUGCGCCUGUGAGAGUAUUGUGACAGGGUAAAGUUUGUGUGUGUGUCUGUUUUCAACUGAAGUGAAAGGUGUGUGUGUGUGUGUGUUUGCUUGCGUGUGUGUGUGUGUGUGUGUGUGUGUGCUGUGACCAGAGAAGAUGGUGCUUUGUUGGCCUUAGUGAAGGGAGCGAGAGAAGAAGGAGGGGCGGCCUCCUCUCCAGGUUUACCUCUCCCUGUUCGCUGGGCCGGCCGGUCGGAGCGGCGACUUCGCCACGGCGCCCGAACCGAGCCAGAAUGUAGCUGAAACGGUUUUUAAAGUAUAAAAGCGGAGCCUCGAUCUGCCUUCUCUGGCACCUGGAAACCACCGCAUGACAGAAAUCAAGAAGAAAAAUUCAACUACUGUUCUGAUGGCGCCUGGUUGUCAUGGUGAUCAUUGGCGGCUGUUGCCGUAGAGAUGCUCGUGUCUUGAGCUUGACUGAAAAGAGGCGAGGCUUCUUGUAGGCCCGUUGUGACUCAGGCAAGGGGGAUGUGGCUUGUGAUUGGCUGGUUCUUCCUGGCUUUUCAGGGACUCGGGGUUACACUUGCCUCCUCGCUGGCUUAUCCAGGAUCAGCUCUCCCUCCUGACUCCUAAAGCUUAACUACAGGAGAGGAGACGCAAAACUGACAAGAGGUCUGGGGCAAGUGCACUCUACAAUGUCUAUAUUCCCUUUUACUGCUCAUUGAAAUUACUUUACACUUUGUUCAUUCUGAUUUUGGCAGUGUUAACUCUCCUCACGCUGUGAUGUGGGAGCUGUUUUGUCCCUUCUCAGUAUCCUUACCUUAACCAUUACUGGGACAGGAACAGACUCCAGAUCGGCUGCUCGGGAGGCAGCACUGCUCUGCUGUUAGAGAAGGGACAAGCAAUGUCUGUAAAAUGCCUCUCAUUAAUGUUGAUGUUAUUGUUUUGGUUCCCGGCUUAAUUCUCGCUCUGUGUCAUCCAGUCUGCUGUCGGCGUGUCCGUGUGCGUGUUGGAAAACCCAGUCUGUGUAUGUUGGAACACAUUAUCAUGCCAAAUCGAGGAGGGAGGGUGAGAGGGAAGGAAAGGGAUUGAUACUUUUUUUUUCUGUUUUGUAGUUGUGUAUGUGUGCAUAUAUGUAUUUUAAAAAGCUGGACAAUGUUAAAUGCUUGAAGAAAAAUGUCAUUUGCAAAAGGAUGAUGUGAGGAAAACCUUUUCAGUGAGUGAAAACCACCAUGAGCAAUGUACAAUCCCCAGGGCUGCCAAGCAGCUUCCCGACAGGGCCAGACGAGGGGAGGAUGAGAGUUAGGAGAGGAGGGAAGCUGGCUGGUGAUACUCUACUACUUUUUAAUAUUUAAGAAAAAAUAAUGUGACUCUUUGUGUUUCUCUUGACUUAACUAUCCUGUGAGUAAAAUGCUAUAUCAUAACACACAACCAACGGCUCCUACGGUCGAUCAAAAAAGCGCUAAGGCUAUUUUUUUGACAGAAAAAAACUAAAAAAAAUACACAAAAAAAAAAACAACAAAAGAAAAAAACACAAAAACUGUGAGAAUCUGCUGUCUUUUUUGUCAUUUUACAUUUAGUAUGAACACACACACAAACAAACCCUGAAAAGCUUUAGUCUAACCAGCACAAAGAUGUGGGUGGGUUUACUGGGUGGGUUUACUGGGUGGGUGGGCACAGUACAGAGGGUUAGGGGUGGGGGUCGCUCAGAGAGACUAUGCAGUGGAGUGUUGAACCCAGGCUUCCAUGUCCACCUUGGUUUAUUAUUUUCUUUUUCUUCUAUUUUUUGCUUUCUUUAAAUAAAUAAAUAAAUAAGAAAAAAAAUAAUCCCAAAAAAAAAUUAAAAACAGCUGAGAUGGGAUUCCCAAUAAUGUUCCUCAAACAUGUCGUGCCAUCGUUGAAUCGUACUUCUAGUACUACUAUUACUAAUAAUAAAUAAUAAAACUGAAAAAAAACCUUUAUUACCUAGCAACCGUCGGGCCAGUUGUAGCAGGAGAGGAGGGCAGGUUAAGAUUUGCAAAAGUCCGUUUGUUUCUUUUCACAGCUCGUCUCCUGCUCGAUAAGCCGAGCGGAGAGAGGCCGGUGAAACUGCAAAUUUUACACAACUACAAUGUUUUUUAUAGAGAUUCUAUCAAUCCACAGUGUGUAGUUGGAUCACCUGUAAACCUAUUAUGCACAUCGCUUUGGGAGACUGUUGAAACUAUAUAUCAUAAAUAUAUAUAUAUAUAUAUGAGAAUAUAAGCAUACAGUGUCUAUAAUCAUUGAGAGGGAGUCUUCCUCUCUUACAAACAAAACAGGAAGUACCUUUUUAUUUUCAAAUGUCUUCCUCGGGUCAUCAAAGGAUUUUAUCUUAAACUUCGGUGGAAUCUGCACUUUUUGAAGGACAAUCUUUAUUUGUAUGGGUAUAAAAAUUGACAAAAACGAAGUCGCCUGAUAUUACAAGGUAUAGAAAACCAACUCCAGUGUGCUCUAAUAAUGAAUGUCUCCUCUGAUGCUGUCUAUUUGUUUGGUUUCAUUUAAUCUUUUUAUUCUCCUUCCUUUGUUGCUUGGUUUGUUCUGUAUUUUUUUUUCUCUUAUUUUUCUGGAUUUUAGUGCUCUUAAGAGCAUCUGUACUAAGGUGUAGAGUAGUAGGUAGUAGGUCUUCUGUUGGCUGUACUCGUAUACUGAUUACUGUUUGUAACCCUCUGGCUCCUGCAGCCAGCAUACAAAGCUGUAUAACUUGGGUACAACCCUCAAUAAAAGACUAACAAUGACA